CGGGUCUUAUAAGCCUCUCCCUCCGCCUCCCGACGGCCGAACUGCCCGCUGCCCUCCCGGCCAGGCGCCCCCUGCAGCAUGAUCUGGAACACCAAUCUGCGCUGGCGGCUGCCGGUCACCUGCCUGCUCCUGCAGGUGGCCCUGGUGGUCCUCUUCGGCGUGUUCGUGCGCUACGACCUCGAUGCCGACCCCCACUGGAUCGGCAGUCAGGGGGAUGAGAACACCACCAGCGACAUGGAGAACGAAUUCUACUACCGCUACCCGAGCUUCCAGGACGUGCACGUGAUGAUCUUCGUGGGCUUCGGCUUCCUCAUGACCUUCCUGCAGCGCUACGGUUACAGCUCGGUGGGCUUCAAUUUCCUGCUGGCGGCCUUUGGCAUCCAGUGGGCGCUGCUCAUGCAGGGCUGGUUCCACUCCUACAAAGAAGGCUACAUCCGCUUGGGCGUGGAGAACCUCAUCAAUGCGGACUUCUGCGUGGGCUCUGUCUGUGUGGCCUUUGGGGCGGUUCUGGGCAAAGUCAGCCCUGUCCAGCUACUCAUCAUGACCCUCUUCCAAGUGACCCUCUUCUCAGUGAAUGAGUUUAUCCUCCUCAGCCUGCUAGAGGUGAAGGAUGCAGGGGGCUCUAUGACCAUCCACACAUUUGGCGCCUACUUUGGGCUCACAGUGACCUGGAUCCUCUAUCGCCCCAGCCUACAUCAGAGCAAGGAGAGGCAGAGCUCUGUGUACCACUCGGACCUCUUCGCCAUGAUUGGCACCCUCUUCCUGUGGAUGUACUGGCCCAGCUUCAACUCAGCCGUGUCCAAACACGGAGACGCCCAGCACCGAGCUGCCAUCAACACCUACUGCUCCUUGGCAGCCUGUGUGCUCACCUCGGUGGCACUGUCCAGCGCCUUGCACAAGAAGGGCAAGCUGGACAUGGUGCACAUCCAGAACGCCACGCUUGCGGGAGGGGUGGCCGUGGGCACCGCUGCCGAAAUGAUGCUCAUGCCAUACGGCUCCCUCAUCGUCGGCUUCAUCUGCGGCAUUGUCUCCACCCUGGGUUUUGUGUACCUGACGCCAUUCCUGGAGUCACGGCUGCGGAUCCAGGACACGUGUGGCAUUCACAACCUGCACGGCCUCCCGGGCAUCAUAGGCGCCAUUGUGGGUGCAGUGACAGCAUCCUGUGCCGAUGCUAAGGUGUAUGGAAUAAAAGGGCUUGCCAAUUUCUUUGGCUUUGAUGGUUUCAAGACUUCCUGGGACUCAAGCAUGCAGGGCAAGUUUCAGGCUGCUGGUCUCUUCGUGUCCCUGGCCAUAGCCCUGGUGGGCGGCAUCAUCGUGGGGGUCAUUUUGAAGUUGCCAUUCUGGGGACAACCUGCUGAUGAGAACUGCUUUGAGGAUUCAGUCUACUGGGAGAUGCCUGAGGAGCUGAAGAGCACGGUCUUACAUCCUGAGGACUCCACCCUCAAGCCCGCGGAACCUUAAACUCCCAGGGCAGGUGAGAAGCAGGCUCCACAGACUGCCCCGGCCCUCCCAAAAGAGCGGUGCUGACCAAGCUGAGAACACAGGAGCAAGGCAAGCAGCACCCCACCCGCUGGCCUGGCCCAGGGCGCCCUCCACUUCUUUCUCCGUCAUCCCAGGAGGCCUGCCUGAGAAUGGAGACGGGAGAGCUAUAGACAAAGUGGGUUCUGGCUGCAGGAGGCCUGCCUCCAGGGGGUCUUGGUGGCCACAUCCUGAGAACAGCAGGCAGGAGUGGGGCCGGCAGCCGGGAGUGGGCGCGAGCCAUCCUAGGAGACAACUUAGCCGCCAGCCCAACUUCUGGGGUCUUCCGCUCCCUGCCUGCCCCUCCGCAGGCACCUCCCUUGCUCCCUGGGCCGCCCAGACCUCUCUAUGCCAUGCAGAUGGCAGCCUCCGUGAAUAAACGUUCCUGGUGUUCUUUGUA